CUCAGUAGCUUGGUCCAGGUGUGGCUUGGAAGGUAUCUGAAAUUGCUGUGUAGGUUUGCCAUCACUGCUCUAAAGCAACUCAUUGAUAUUUGUUAGGGCUUGUGCAUACAGCUGUUAUCCUGUGCUAAUAUUUUACAUUAAAAUGGUUAUACAGCCAAAGUAUCCUCCAGUGACAUGUAUUUUUGUGACUGGAAUAGGAUUUGCAUUCUGCGGAACAGUUCUUUUGAUUAUUUCAUUUGCAUGUCCUUAUUGGUUAGAAUCAUAUUAUGGAACCUACACUGAAUUUGUAAGAUUAGGUUUAUGGGAUGUAUGUUUCCAUAACUACCGCCAUCCAGAUUAUCAGUAUGAUGAAAAGUUUGAUGGUUGUCAUUGGAUAUUUAGCAAUAAAUAUCAAAGUCUUCGGGACUGGCUACAACCAGGUUGGAUGAUGUUUGUCCAAGCUAUGAUGUCAAUUGCACUGAUAUUUUGUAUAAUAUCUCUGGUGAUGGCAAGUCUUGUUUUGAUGCGGUAUUUUAUGAAGUAUGAGAUUUUCAUAUUAAUCUGUUCAUUCAUUUUAGAACUGGCAACAGCUUUGCCGGUAUUUCUUGCUGUAUGUGUAUUCGGAGGCCUGUGUUUUGAUCGUUCUUGGAUCCAAUAUCCUAACUUCAAUCAUUUAUCAUGGGCUUACGCAUUAGCUGUGAUAUCAUUUGCUAUACACACAAUAGCUGGAAUUCUCUUCUUGAAAGAAGCAUUUAAAGCUAACGAACGAAGGAGGAGAGCACACAGCAUUGCAUAUGAUUUGGCCACUAAGUAUUAAAACUUCAAUCUACAAAUGAUGAUUUCUUAUUUUUUACUCAGAAAAAGUUUUGUAUAAUUUUAAUUGUAGGCUUUACACAAAAUAAAAAUAAAAAAUAAAUAAAAUAUAU